GCUCGUCUAAGCACACUCCGCCACCCACCACAACACACAUAUACAACACAUAGCCACAGACGCACAGUCGAGCACACGACUUGCUGUGGCAGCAUGGCGAGCCGAGCUCUCACUCCCAUGCAGCUCAUUGGCACGGUCUUCGUGGCGCUCCUCGCGACGUGCCACGCCGGCGGCAUCGCCGUGUACUGGGGCCAGAACGACGGCGAGGCAUCGCUGGCCGAGACGUGCGCGUCGGGCAACUACGAGUUCGUCAUCAUCGCCUUCCUCCCCAAGUUCGGCAAGGGCCAGACGCCGCGGGUGGACCUCGCCAGCCACUGCGAUCCCGCGUCGGGCGGCUGCACCGGCCAGAGCAAGGACAUCCGCGCGUGCCAGCGCCGCGGGGUGAAGGUCCUGCUCUCCAUCGGCGGCGGCGACGGCAGCUACGGCCUCUCAUCCCCCGGUGACGCCCGGCAGGUGGCCAUGUACCUCUGGAACAACUUCCUCGGCGGCUCCUCCUCGUCCCGUCCCCUCGGCGACGCCGUCCUCGACGGCAUCGACUUCGACAUCGAGCUCGGCGGCGCCAAGUUCUGGGACGACCUCGCCAGGGAUCUGAAGAGCCUGGGGAGGAGCGGCGGGAGGAGGGUGGUGCUGAGCGCGGCGCCGCAGUGCCCGUUCCCGGACGAGUGGGACGGCGGCGCGAUCAGCACGGGGCUGUUCGACGCCGUGUGGGUGCAGUUCUACAACAACCCGGAGUGCCAGUUCAGCGCGGGGCGGGGCGCGUUCAUGGACGCGUGGAGGAAGUGGGAGUCGGUGCCGGCGGGGCGACUCUUCCUGGGCCUCCCGGCGUCCAAGGACGCCGCCGGCACCGGGUUCGUGCCCGCCGGCGAGCUCAACUCCCGCGUGCUGCCGCUCAUCAGGGGCUCCCCCAAGUACGGCGGCGUCAUGCUGUGGUCCAAGUACUACGACGAUCAAACCGGCUACAGCUCCGCCAUCAAGAGCCACGUGUGAUCACAAUUCACGUGUUCUAUACCAUUAUACGUUCCAGAGCGCGUGUGCACCUUACGUAAUGUACGCAUCACUAGCUAGAGUGUGUGACUGUGCUGCGACGUAUUUAUAAUACUUCCUCCGUUCCAUAAUGUACAUUAUGUUAUUCUAGCAUUUUCUAUAUCCAUAUAAUAUAGAUGUGGAAAAUGAUAGAAUGACUUACAUUAUGAAACGGAUAUUUGAGUAUAUAUGUAGCACAGUGAUGUGUAGGAGCAUGUGUUGAUUGCUUUCGGUUACCGGUCAGACGUUUAGACCGUAGCUUACCAUUGCCCCCAGUUUAAUUUCAUUCGUUCGCCACUGUCGUUUAUAUGAAGAAUAAAAAAAGGUGACCAUUUGUUGCAGCUUAAA